UGGGCUGGCACACAAACCAGCACGGUUGAGCCUGAUCUCUGUGUGUGUGUGUGCCAUGGACUCAGCCCAGCAAUAUUGACAAUAGGGUGAACCGAUUUAAUCGCCCUAAAUAAAUUUAAAUACAAGAAAAAACAAUCGGAAAGGAAGAAUAAGCGGGAAAGGACGGCUAAACACACGGGAUUUCUAUCCACCAUCAGGAAAUGUGUUUAUUUUAACCGCAUCUUUCUUUCUUUCUUUUUUUUAAUGCAUCCAUUGAUGGGACACUGAGGAUUAUUUCACUAGAUGCUCUAAAGAUUGGCAGUUUUUAAGCCAACAUUGCAUCUUUUGUUUGCAUUUUGUCUGCUUUCCAACAGGACGUUUAAGCAGGAUUGGGAACAUAUUUUUUAAGCAAAGUAAAUAAAUUUAAAAAUAAUAAUAAAAACUGUUUAUACGGGAUCACUCCUCUUAAUCACCUCCUUCUUUCCCCAGAAACACACAGGAUCAAAAGGGCUAUGUCCUCAACAGCCACCUCGCCACCGUCGGUGGACAAAGUAGAUGGGUUCUCCCGAAAAUCGGUCAGGAAGGCCAAGCAGAAGCGCUCGCAGAGUUCCUCGCAGUUCCGCUCUCAGGGUAAACCCAUCGAGCUCACUCCCCUCCCUCUGCUCAAAGACGUCCCUGUUCAGGAGCAACCGGAUUUGUUCCUGAAGAAGCUGCAGCAGUGCUGCACCGUGUUCGACUUCAUGGACACGCUCUCUGACCUGAAGAUGAAAGAGUACAAGCGCUCGACGCUCAACGAGCUGGUGGACUACGUGACGGUGAGCCGAGGCUACCUCACCGAGCAGGCCUACCCCGAGGUCGUCAAAAUGGUGUCCUACAACAUAUUCCGCACUCUUCCACCCAGCGACAGUAACGAGUUCGACCCAGAGGAGGACGAACCUACUUUAGAGGCUUCGUGGCCACAUUUACAGCUGGUGUACGAGUUCUUCAUUCGCUUUCUGGAGAGUCAGGAGUUCCAGCCCAGCAUUGCCAAAAAGUAUAUAGACCAGAAAUUUGUCUUACAGCUGCUGGAACUGUUCGACAGCGAGGACCCGCGGGAGAGAGACUACCUGAAAACAGUCUUACACAGAAUCUACGGCAAAUUCCUGGGGCUGAGGGCUUUUAUACGAAAACAGAUAAAUAAUAUUUUUCUACGUUUUGUUUAUGAAACUGAGCACUUCAAUGGAGUAGCCGAGUUGUUGGAAAUUUUGGGAAGCAUCAUCAACGGCUUUGCUUUACCUCUGAAAGCUGAACACAAGCAGUUCCUGGUGAAAGUGUUGAUUCCUCUGCACACAGUCAGGAGUCUCUCGCUCUUCCAUGCACAGUUGGCGUAUUGUAUUGUACAGUUCCUAGAGAAAGACCCCACAUUAACAGAACCAGUCAUUAGAGGACUUCUCAAGUUCUGGCCAAAGACGUGCAGUCAAAAAGAGGUGAUGUUCCUCGGAGAGCUGGAGGAGAUUCUGGACGUGAUCGAGCCCACGCAGUUUGUGAAGAUCCAGGAGCCGCUGUUCAAGCAGAUCUCCAAAUGCGUCUCCAGCCCUCACUUCCAGGUGGCUGAGCGAGCACUGUACUACUGGAAUAAUGAGUACAUUAUGAGUCUUAUUGAGGAGAACUCCAGCGUCAUCCUGCCCAUCAUGUUCGCCAGCUUGUACAGGAUCUCCAAAGAGCACUGGAACCCGGCGAUCGUAGCUUUAGUGUACAACGUCCUGAAAGCCUUCAUGGAAAUGAACAGCACUUUGUUUGAUGAACUCACUGCCACCUACAAGUCAGAUCGCCAGAGAGAGAAGAAGAAGGAAAAGGAGCGAGAGGAGUUGUGGAAGAAGCUGGAGGACCUGGAGCUGAAGAGAGGCCUGCGGAGUGACGCCAUUAUUCCCACUUAACGCCGCCCCGCCUCUCGUGCAACCCCCGGAACACACUCCCACGUCGCCGGCCACGCCCACACAGGCCUUCUCUUUUUUUCCGUUUAUGUUUAUUUCCUUAUUUUUUUUCCUUUCUGUAUUGUGCGACUUACUUUACUGUAGAUUUCCGUCGUCUCUUUCAUUAUUUCAACAACACUGUAAAUAUUUUUUUCCUGCUAUAUUUUUUUCCCUUCAAGAAUAUUACACUGAAAAUGAAACAAGGACUUUAAAACAAUGGAGAAAAAGAGUUCGCUCUUCCGAGUGGGAGAGAGAAAUGGACUUGACCCGAUAGUAGGAUUUGAAAUGAACUGCUACUGUGGAGAGAAAAUGAAAUCAGCUACGAAACAGAACCCUCACCACUGUCGUUUGAGGAAAGAUCCGUUCCUGCUAACGCUCGUCCAGACACACCGUCUCACUCCUUCACACUCUCUCUCUCUCUCUCUCUGUCUCUCUCUUUUCCAUCCUUUCAUCUUGUCGCUGAUAAUCUAUUAAUAGAAUCUAUUGAGACUCUAUUAAUAGCAGAAUCCUUAAAGUGGAAAGGCUAAAUGCUAACCAGCAACCACACACACACACACACACACACACACACACACACACACACACAAUCACACACACACAAUCACAAUCUCAUUAACACAAACUUCUUUUCUAUUCUCUCGGUGCUGCCAGGACUUUCCACUCAUUCUCUCUUGGGUUGGUUUUUUUGGACUUCCUCUCUUGAUUCUGCACCAGUCUGGCACUGGUACCAGUAAACUAACACACACACACACACACACACACACACACAUACAUAUACCCCAUUGCUGCGAAGACACCGAGGACCCAGCGUCCCUGCGCCAAACCUGAGAAGCUCGUAUUGUUUGUGUGUACGAGUGUGUGUGAGAGUUUCUUACAGUGUUAAAUAUUGUAACUGAAUGCAGCUCAUUGAUCUGUUGUUGAUUGAUCUAUUAGAACCUUUAGCGCAUUUAUAAAUAUAUAUAUUUUUCUUUAGGGAAGGUCACAGAGUGUUAAAAAUGUAUUACUGAACACCACUCGCUGUUUAAUUUUCUUUCUUUUUUUUCCCCCUUUCUCCAUUUUUACUCCUUAUUUUCAAAUUUCAGCCUUCUGAACUUUUUUAGUUGCAUAUAUAAGGAGAGAGAGUGUGAUAGAGAGAGAGAGAGAGAGAGAGAGAGAGAGAGAGGGGAGGGGAUUGUGGGAUUGUGGAGGUCUCCGAUUCAACCAGACUCAUUUUUUUUUGUGGUGAGCCUUGAAAUAAAUGAUGACAGAAAGUCAAAGUGGGUUGGAGAAAUGACAAAUGUUUAAUUAUUUUAAAAAUAAAGACAUAUUAAAUUAAACCUGUUUUGAGAUAA